CAUAUGAGGAAAUGUAUAUUUUGCUAACACACCACCCGAACCAGAAAUAUCUCAUUCUGUCCAUGUGAGGGCUGAUAUUAACUUCAACUCAUUCCACAGAUUAUCACUUACCGUACAAAACAUAUAAAAAAAAUUGAGUGGUGAGGGGAAAACAACCAUUUUCACUCAAUAUCAGAAACAGUUUACAGCAGUAUAGCAAGGGGGGACCUUAUUGGAUACCAAGGUGGAGCUUAAUUUUGUUCGUCACACAUUGGGAUGUACCUGUCAAUGAUAGCUGCUUCAACUGGUAGACUUCAGUGUAGUUAUUUGUCUCUAUCUGAGUGACUGGAUACACCAUGGCUCUCUGCUGGGUCUAUUGGAUGGCUGGACUUUCUGUCAUUCAGACCUGGGCAACACCAGCAGGUGGGUACCAGUUCCAGGGGAUAGUUGACUGUGAAUAUGAUGACACCAUUGACAAUAUGAUCUACUUUGUGAAAAACAUAUUCAACCAAAAAUUGACCACCAUCUAUGACUCCAGGGUUCAGAAGUAUGUGGGUUUUGGGGAGUUUGGCAUACGCAAUGCAGAUCGCUACAACAGCCAAGCUUGGAAAAUGGCUAUAAGGAAAGCAGAAGUGGAGACUAUUUGCCGAUACAGUGCAAGAUUCUUCAAACUGAGCACUUUGGAAAGAAUAGUGCCUCCCAUUGUCAAAGUCCGCCUGACCAAGCCCUCUCGCUACGGGGAGCUGUCCAUGCUGGAGUGCAGCGUUCUAGGCUUCUACCCUCAGGAGGUGAGGGUGAGCUGGCUGAGAGACGGGCUGGAGACCACCACAGCCGUGACCUCCACUGACACACUGGCUAACGGGGACUGGAGCUACCAGCUCCACUCCUACCUAGAGUUCAGGCCUCAGAGAGGGGAGAGUGUAAGCUGCACGGUUGAGCACCCCAGCCUAGAUGAACCACUGGAGGUGGUCUGGGAUACCUCAGGCCUGGAUGCUAAAUGGUUUAAAAUGGCAAUAGGGGUGUGUUCCCUUUUCAUUGGUGUAGCCAUGGCUAUUGGAGGAGGAGUUUACUACUGGUGGAAGAACAGGUAAGUCACAACAUUAUCACACAAUGGACAGAGAUUUUAUGUAUGUAUUGUAUUUUCGAUUUCAAGAAGUUUCAUAAUGUAGACAUAUUUUACUGUUUCAGGUCAGGCUUUAGGCGUGUGAAUAGAUAAGGCUAAGGCAUUUUUCUAUAUUGUGUUUGACAUAUUUUGCAAAAAAAUACAGUGUGUGCAAAUGAGGUAAGAUUAGGGAGGUAAGGCAAUAAAUAGGCCGUAGUGGCGAAGUAAUUACAAUUUACAGCUUCAGUGAUUUUUGCACUUCGUU